AUGCAGGCGGUUAAGCUGAACGCAUCAGAAGGUGUUGACCCAAGCAAGACUUACAACUUGGCUGUUCAUCACUACUCCAAGUCCGUGCUGGGUUUGAGAAACGCUCUUGAGAAGUUUGAUCAAGAGCCUAGCACCCGGCAUCGCAUCUUGUGGACCACACAUCUGUUGGGACUAUUCGAGCUCAUGACAGAUGCAACUGGCGAAGGAUGGAGACAACAUUUGGUCCAUGGCACUUCCAAAGCUCUUGUCGCUGUGGGUCCAACAUCAUGCAAAUCAGGUCAUGGACAACGCUUCUUCACUGAAAUACGAAUCUUCGAAGUCUGUAGGGCUAUAAUAUUCAGCGAGCCGACAUUUCUUGCAAAGGGAGACUGGAGAUGUCUCAUACGAGAGAUGAGAGGCGAAGAGCAAGGUAAUGGUGACUCGCUGGAUGAACUUUUGGAUAUCAUUGUCUCAUGCUCAACUCUUCGCCUUCGGGCGAUAAACCUACUAUAUCACUUGGACGCAGAUUCUGUUGAUGUCACGAAACAUCUUGACGAAGCUUUUGCUGUUGCUCAAGAAGGGUUUCGUCUAAGACAAUCUCUCGUCGACUGGGAAGCCAAAGACGCACAUUCAAAACAGCAAACGGUAGAGAAUGCAAGCGGGAGCUUCUCAGCUUUGACCAAAGCAUUCUUCGCAGCUAUAAGUAUAUAUCUCUCCGGAGUCUUCGACUACGAGAUACCAUAUUGGCAGGACAAAGGUAUCGUGGCGCCCAGCUUGAGCGAAGAAGAGAUACAAAUGCACGUCGUCAACAUAUUGACUCACACAAAUACCGUUUUGUAUAAUUCUUCGAUUUCGCCGUUAUUGGUACUUUGUCCACUGCGAGUUGCGGGUGCACGGGCGUGUCAGAGUUGGCAGCAGGAUUGUAUCAUCCAGAAUCUAUUGGCGGUUGAGAGGACCUUUCCUGUUGCAGCGACAUUUAGGGCUGACUUGAUGGGAGUAUGGGCUCGAAUGAGUCCGCCGACAUACUCGGAUUCUCCUCUAUCUACUUGA